AUGAAGAACCAAUCAAUGGAAAUAGAAUUCAUUCUCCUAGGACUGACAGAUGACCCACAAUUACAAAUUUUGAUUUUUCUGUUUCUAUUUCUUAACUACUCAUUGAGCCUGAUGGGGAACUUAAUCAUUAUCCUCCUCACCCUGCUGGAUCCUCGCCUCAAGACACCAAUGUAUUUCUUUCUCCGAAAUUUUUCAUUUUUGGAAAUCAUAUUCACAACAGUAUGUAUUCCCAGGUUCCUGAUAACCCUUGUGACUAGAGAAAAAACCAUUUCGUAUAAUAAUUGUGCAGCUCAAUUAUUUUUUAUUCUUUUACUGGGAGUUACAGAGUUUUACCUUCUGGCUGCCAUGUCCUAUGACCGCUAUGUUGCCAUCUGCAAACCCCUGCAUUACCCAGUCAUUAUGAGCAGCAAAGUCUGCUACCAGCUUGUACUCAGCUCCUGGGUAACUGGGUUCCUAAUCAUCUUUCCCCCAUUGCUCAUGGGACUCAAGCUGGAUUUCUGUGCUUCCAACAUAAUUGAUCACUUUAUGUGUGAAACGUCUCCUAUCCUGCAGAUCUCCUGCACAGAUACGCGUAUCCUGGAACUGAUGUCUCUUGUCUUAGCCGUGGUGACACUUGUGGUCACACUGGUGCUAGUGAUUCUCUCUUACACUUGCAUCGUUAAGACCAUUCUGAAGUUCCCUUCUGCACAGCAAAGGACCAAAGCUUUUUCCACCUGCACUUCCCACGUGAUCGUUGUCUCCAUGACUUAUGGCAGCUGUAUCUUUAUGUACGUUAAACCAUCUGCAAAGGAAAGAGUGACUGUCUCCAAAGGUGUAGCUUUGCUGUACACCUCAGUUGCCCCUGUACUGAAUCCCUUCAUUUACACCCUAAGGAACCAGCAGGUGAAAGAAGUCUUCUGGGAUAUGUUACAAAAGAUGAUGUGUUUUUCGAAAAGACUAUUAUAA